UGUGACGUCAGUGUCAGAGAUCAGAGGGGAAAGGCAGCGAAGAGAUGGCGGCCCCCGUUGGCGACGUGUUUCGCUGCUGCGUGGACCCGGCUAAAACAAGUCAAACGGUAGAGGUUCGGCUUAUCGACAAUGUUAAGGGUAGAGGUUUAUUUGCCAAGAAAGCCAUCCGAAAAGGUGACACAUUGUUCAUGGAACGCCCUCUGGUGUCUGCUCAGUUUCUGUGGAAUUCACUGUAUAAUUAUAAAGCUUGUGAGUAUUGCUUGUGCUCCUUGGAGACAGCUGAGGAGAAUGCACGAAGGCUCAGUGGAAAUACAUGUCUGUCUCUUCCGCAUCCUGAACUAUGCAGAGUUCGAAGAGAACUUCAUGAUUCCUGUCCGCAGUGUCAGGUGAUGUACUGCAGUAGUGAUUGCCGACGGGCUGCUUUAGAACAAUACCACCAGGUGCUGUGUCUUGGUCAGUCUCGAGAAGAUCCAAAACACCCACUGAACAAAUUAGAAGAGGCUUGGAGAAACAUGCAUUAUCCCCCAGAAACUGCCAGUAUCAUGCUUAUGGCUAAGAUGGUUGCCACUGUGAAACAGGCCCGAGACAAAGUGUUGUGGCAGAAUCUUUUUUCUCAGUUCUGUAGUCGAACUGCCAAUGAGGAAGAGGAAAUUGCACACAAGCUACUUGGGGAAAAGUUUCAGGGGCAACUCGGAGUCCUGAGGCAACUGUUUACUUCUGUUCUUUAUGAUGAACACCUCAGCAGGUGGUUUACACCUGAAGGUUUCCGCUCACUAUUUGCACUAGUAGGAACAAAUGGUCAAGGAAUAGGAACCAGCUCUCUGAGUCAGUGGGUACAUGCCUGUGAUGUGCUGGAGCUCCAGUCCCAGCAGAGGGAGCAAUUAGACAGUUUCAUUGACCAACUGUACAAGGACAUAGAGAAAGAAACUGGUGAUUUCUUAAACUGUGAAGGCUCUGGUCUUUUCCUUCUUCAGAGCUCUUGUAAUCAUAGCUGUAUCCCAAAUGCUGAAGCUUCCUUCCCAGAAAACAAUUUCCUACUACAUCUGACUGCACUGUCUGACAUUAAGCAAGGAGAGGAAAUCUGUAUCAGUUAUUUAGACUGCUGUCAACGGGAUCGAAGCAGACAUAGUAGACACAAAAUUCUCAGGGAGAACUACCUUUUUGUUUGUUCCUGUCCAAAGUGCGUCUCGCAAGCAGAUGAUGCUGAUGUGACAUCAGAGGAAGAUGAGGAAGGUGAUGGAGAUGCAGAAACAGAGGGUGAUGAUCUAGAAGAUGAGAUGACGGAUGUGUAAUAACAGCAUAAUAGCAUGUCAUGACUUAUGUAGCUAAGAUGCAAACUUCAUAAAAAUAGCAAUUUUACUGGAUAUGUUCAUUGUGUUUCAUAUUCCUGGUUGUAUACAUGAUAAGAAGCCUAUCCCUCAACACCUAGACAGCAGUAGUUGUCUUCAUUUGUACUUCUGAACUUUAUUAAAAAAAACAAACAAACAAACAAAAACAAGAGUUCACCUUGGCUCCAGAUCUUAGGUAUUGUACAUAUACAUACUUAUUUUAUAUUCUCAAUUUACAAAAGUUUAGUCUCAGUGUCCUUAUAUGUAGUGCCAUAUAAUAUGUCUUAAAAUAUCAGGUGUCCUCAGAUCUGAUUCUAGAAAGUAAAAUUGUUUCUUUAGAAGACCAAUUGCUAAUCAUAUAAUUUACACUUUUCAUAAUAACAUUUUUUUCCUGAAUGGCAAUAGAUUUUCUCCAAGCAAAAGUAUUAUUAAAACAGUAAGGAGGUAAUAGUUGGUGUGAAUCCAGUCUCUGGAAUGCUGUGAUGUGUUGUCCAGUCCAAUUUACUAUGUGCCUUUCUUCCUCAGCAUAUCAUCCUGGUUAUGGAGAAUUUUGAAAAGUCUGGUAAGAAGGUAGGGUGCCCUUUAGUCUUCUCAGUUCACAUUACAUUGAAUUAUAAGUUUGUUCAUUUAGAUGAUGUUUUUA